GGCACUCACUCUCUCUCUCUCACACACAUACACACACACACUCACUCAGCUCUUCGAGCAUGAGUGGAUGAGGCAGGAAAGACUGAUCAGAGAGAGAGAGAGAGAGAGAGAGAGAGAGAGCACAAGGGAGUGUGAGUGAGACAAUCCAGGACUCACACUUUGGACUCAAAGCAAGAGAGAACGAGAGACUGACACAGAGAACGAGAGAGGAGGGAAAAGAGACAAACUACAGACCUAUAAAAAGAUCUCUCGACAGCUCGUGAGGAAACUGUUCUCCUUUUAUACCUCUCUUCUUCUCUCCAAAGAGCGUGGAAACUCUUCUUAUCUCUGUUGGAAUAUUUCAAGUGAGGCUCUUUUUUUCAGUCCUCUUCCAUUUGUGUAAUUUUUUGCAAACUAGUGUGUGAACCAGAACUCGGACACUGGCUUGACCAAACUCUGACCAAAGACCUGUCACCGCCGCAUGCUGGGGCGCAUUGCACGGGGCAUGACAAGCCCACGGAACCGGACUGGCUAAUCUUCUAGAAGAGCCUGGUCCUGGUUCUGCUUGAGGAAAGUGGUUCCAGGGUGACCCGAGGUGACAGCAGAAAGACUUGCACUCUUCCUGAUCUGAACAAGCCUGAUCGACCCCCUGACCGACCCUCUCCACUGCAUCCAAACUCACUGUCAGGCUACAUUAUGGAUCUCCCCCCUUUCAGAGGGUUUUCGGAUGUGCCGUAAUUGGCCGAAGCCUCACCCCCUGCCCCUGCCUCUGGUGCCCAUCCUCUCCUCAGGAUGGAUCCAGCUCUGCUCCGAAUGGACGGCACCGAUGACAUCCAACAGGUGUUGUCCAUUGACCAGAUCCGCUGCAUUCGGGCCAACAAUGACUAUGUGGAGCGCCCAGUGGCUCUGGAGCUCGCCUCGCAGUCCGGAAUCUUCUACGCCCACGAUGACCGCCACCACCAACACCUCCACCACCACCGUCAUCACCCCCACCCUGUCCAGCCUCUGUCCUCCUCCGCUCCCCCACCCGCUCAGAUCCCCCGCAGCCAGAGUGGACAGCAGCAGCAGCAGCAGCCGCCGCUGCACCACUCCAGCACGGUCAGCAGCUCCAUGUCGCGGGGCAGCGCCGCGUCCGACACCAGACUCCUGGCGGGCCUCACGCCCUCCCACUCCUCUGGCCUGGCCUCCGUCUCGGGCUCCAUGGCCGUGGUGUCCACCCAGCCCAAGGGCGAUCAGGGCAUCAAGAAGGCGUCAGAGGCACUGGGCAAGGGCGGCGGCCUGUCCGGCGAGGACCACCUGGGCCUGCACCUCUUCAUCUGCGAGCGAUGCGGCCGGUGCAAGUGCGGCGAGUGUGUGGCGCCACGCGUGCUGCCCUCGUGCUGGGCCUGCGGCCAGCGCUGCCUGUGCUCGGCCGAGAGCGCGGUGGAGUACGGCACGUGCCUGUGCUGUGUCAAGGGCCUCUUCUACCACUGCUCGGCCGAGGACGACGAGGACAACUGCGCUGACCGGCCCUGCGCCUGCACGCCGGCGCGUGCCUGUGCCCGCUGGGGCACCAUGGCGCUGCUCGUGCCCUUCCUGCCCUGCCUCUGCUGCUACCCACCCGCCAAGCUGUGCCUUGCCCUGUGCCAGCGCGGCUAUGACCGCGCCACGCCUGGCUGCCGCUGCCGGAACACCAACACCGUCUGUCGCAAGAUCUCAUCAGCCGCGGCCGCCGCCACCAAUCAGCCGCCACCGUUCCAAAAGUCCCUGGAAAAGCCAGUAUGACGAAGAUGAUCGAAAGGAACAACAUCUCCCUGAGUGCCCCUAUAUGCCGCUACUGAUGUCGUCAUGGUUACCUUGUCCCUUCCAGACUUGGUCGGGGAGGGUGAGCUGACCAAACCUCUCUAGACCUCCUGCCCUGCCCCACUCUCUUGACAGACUGUCACCCUCUUCCAACUCGUGGGCUAUGCCACUACAGUAUGAAGCUGAAGCACCGGAUUGAUGCUACCCUCUUUUUUUAUUGGUUUUCAUUUUGUUCUGUUUUGUUUUGCUGGACUUAAUCUAUUUAUUUCCUAUUAUUUAUUUGAUGCAGUUCUUGAGCAAAAAAAUGGUUUCGGGUGAGCUGGUUCAUCAGAACAAAGGGCAAAAAUCUGCAGUCUGGGUGGAUGAGUCAGAAUAAACAUUCUGGCCUCGGAAAGAUAUGGUGCUUUGUUGGGACUCAGUUGGAUGGCCACACACACAAAACUCUCCCUGUAAAGCUUACAAAACUACAAACUGUGUGUGCUGGCUGGCAUUAUGCCCCUUAAGGGAUCAUAACUCCAGGGGAAAAUACAAACUCGACAGAGAAAGAUAAAAAAAAAAAAACACUUGACGGGUGAAAGAAAUUUUGAUACCAAAUAAGAGACCACGUAAUGAGGAGUGUUGGAAGUGAGGAUGAGACCCAAUCUGAUGAGCUCAAAAACAUGUUGAGACAGCGGAGUUCACAUGUGCUUCCAUUAGGACCAGUGAAAGACAGAGAGAAAGUGCGAGAAUGAAUGAAAGAGGGUAUAGUAUUGUAUGUACUGUAUGUGUGUGUGUGUAUCUAUGGCUGUAUUUGUCUGUCUGUGUGUGUGCGAGUGUAUGUGUGUGUAAAUGUGUGUGUAUACACACUGCACCGUCUGUCUCAGGCCUGUGUAUGCGUGUUCAUCAACAGAAGCCUCCUCUUGAUCUGCUCUUUUUAUUAUUUCAUUUUCUUUUCUUUUUUGGAGAAGCCUCUGCUUCAGAAGAUAGCAUCCGUUCAGGCCCCACAC